AGACUUAAUUUUCGGGAACUAAAUUUUCCGUUGUCUGUUGAGAUACGUGGAGCCAAACUGGCAAAACUGGAGGUUGUUUAUCCCACUGCUGCAUUUUGCUUGACAACACUUAACCCAGUGGCCAGCUGACGGGAAGAUGAGUUUUAUCUCCCUAUUUUUUGUUGCUUCGAGGAAACGUUGUUCAAUAGACAAUCUUUGUCAGUACGACCGUUCUUUGCUGCAGCAGUCAACCGAGGCUCAAGCUAACGUUUUACCCUGACCAUGACCUAACCGUAGUACUGAAGGCUUGUCCGCCCAGUUCACCUGAUCAGGCAGAGCGUGUAGGAGAGCGGGUGGCGGUGGCAUGCGUUUGGGCAGCAGCUGGAGGUGGCAGCUCUCCCGGGCCAUGCGACUAGCGCUGCGCUGGUGCCGGCUGUGCCGCCCACAGAGAGGGAGCCGAGGCCUGGGUUCGAAGCCCGGGAUCACCGACAGGCUUUCGGAGCUGUGGAGCUACAGCAAACUGCUGCUCAAGUCACUGUACUUCAACAGCCUCACCAACUCGGAUACUCUGCUGGACUGUGCCUUUGAACCCGUCUACUGGAUUGUGGACAAUGUGACCCGCUGGUUUGGAGUGGUGUUUGUCUGUCUAGUCAUACUGCUAACAACAUCAGUUGUGAUCAUCGUCUACCUGUUCGUCUUACCCACGAUCCUCAGCGCUUACCCUGUUCACUGGGCUGUCUGGCACCUCUGCUGUGGCCACUGGCUUCUCGUCAUGGUGGUCUUCCAUUACUACAAGGCCACCACCACCUCCCCUGGACACCCGCCCAAGGACAAAAUUCAUAUUCCCUCAGUGUCCAUCUGUAAGAAAUGCAUCACUGCCAAACCAGCCAGGACGCACCACUGUAGCAUCUGCAACAUAUGUGUUUUGAAGAUGGACCACCAUUGUCCCUGGUUGAACAACUGUGUGGGACAUUUCAACCACCGCUACUUCUUCUCCUUCUGCCUGUACAUGACGCUGGGCUGCAUCUACUGCAGCAUCAGCAGCAGGAACUUGUUUCUGGAUGCUUAUAGUGCUAUAGAGAGAUACUAUCAGACCCCUCCUCCAACCGAAACCUUUAGAGAGUCCACCGCUCACAAGUGUAUCAUCUUCCUGUGGGUUCUGACCAGCUCAGUGGCAGUAGCUCUGGGAGGACUCACCCUGUGGCACGUCACACUCAUCAGCAGAGGAGAGACGAGCGUGGAGCGGCACAUCAACCGCAAAGAGACCAAAAGACUGCGGGAGGUGGGCAAGGUGUUCAAAAAUCCAUAUCAUCAUGGUAGACUGAACAAUUGGAAGUUACUGUUUGGUGUGGAAAAAAGGAGUCACUGGUUCACGCGGGUCCUCUUGCCCUCCAGCCAUCUUCCAAACGAAGACGGCAUCAUGUGGGACUGCACCUUCACCAGAAGAGACCCCAUGGCCAUCUGAUCUUCACCCUUUUACUCUAAACCCAUACCAAAAAAAAAAAAGAAAGACAGAACAAGACCAUGUACAACUUUUAAUCUGCAUUUACUUAGACCGUAAGCAAUGCGACUCAUUUCAUAUUGUUGUAACCAUGUAGGGACAGCACAUGAAGGGAAGCUCCCAGCUCAUCCGAUUUUAGUCUGCUGCUAUUUGAUAAGAAAAAAAAGCCUUGUGGCUGUACAAAAGGGUUUUUUUUUUUUGUUUGUGUGUUUUUUCCUUUUUGGUUGCAUUCAUGUUUGCGCUGCUACAAGUGGGAACCACAUGGAUACAACUAAUAGUGACUCAUCCUCUGUGGAUCAGUUACCAUAUCCCACCUGGAGACCUUGUACAGCAGGUCUAACUGUAGACCUCGCCACCAGCCGACUCCACCCUGCCACUGGUGCUGCAGGCCAGCAUCGUUGUCGAGACCAAACCUCUUUCUCCUCCUCCCAUUUGUAAAGACUUGACAAAGAGUUGCACCGACCCCACAGCAUCUUUUGACAAAUGUGUAGGAUGGACAGUGCAUAAGACAUAGCUUGCAUUCACAUCAUCUUAAAGGUACGUUGCGGAUUCAAACAUCAGCACAGCACAUCGUAAACUUUACUAUUAAUGGUAGUUGCCAUCUUGUUCCAGUUCUAUUGUUAAUGCAUUUCAUAUUGGUGUGGCACAGUUUUGAUUCUGUUUGAUGGAAAUGAGCUGUUAAUUUUAAAAUCAUAAGCAGGAUCAGCAAUUCUUACAUGAAUAUUUUUCCUCUACCGCUGCAUCCAAAACAAACAAGCACAGCUGACUGAUAUCUGAGGUACCUCUGACUGUGUUUAAGACGUUGCCUUUCUUUUUUGUUCAAAGAUCCUUUAUUGAUUUGUUUGAGAAGAAGGUUUUCGAGACAGAACAACCUGAAUUUGUUGAAUCACAGAGGGGUGGGUUUUGGUUGUUUUUGUAACUCUGGAAACCUUAUUUUUGGUGAAUGUUAUUUAUGAACAUUAUGUCAAGACAUAAAACCCAAUGACCUGUUGAUCUUCACAAAUCCAGAUGUCUUAACAAUGGCAUAACUAAUAGCGCUGGAAAAAAAUGCUGUUGAAUUCAGAUUAAAUUUCCAAAUACAUUUUCCAAAUUCCAAAAUUAGGAAAUCUGACAGUGUUUUGUUUUCCAUUUGGCUUUCACCACCCCCACCCGAAACUUUACAACUUCUUCCCGUUUCUUUCUGUAAAGCAGUUCAGACGAUUUUCCUCCAAAUUUUGACUUGUUGGCUGAGAACAUAAAACGUAGAGCGACUUCUCAGAGGUCUCAUCUGUUUACACUGUUUUAAUGUGCCAGCAUUUAUGUGCUUGUGGUUCACUGAAGAGAAAAUACAAAAGCUAGUACCAUACCUGCAAGCGAUUUGUUUUUUGUUUUCUGUCUUGGUUUUAAACAUUGUCCAACAACUUUUUUUUUUUUUAUCUUUGGCUGAGGACAUAUCCAAGUGUUUCUUAAUGUGCGGGGGGAAGGUCAUGGGAUGAAACCAUAUUUUCAAAAUUCAUUUUUGAUUUUGUUCCAAAGAAUGUACUGAGAGAUUUAAAAAAAAAAGUGUUAAGAUUUAUUACUCUGCAUGUUUAUACCUGAAAUAUUCUGCUGUUGUGUUUUGGAGAGUGUGUGAGAACUACUGCUGUGAACCGAUGGUGCUGAAGAAGAAGAAGAAGAACAACAA